AUGAUCCCUGAAAACUCACGAAUUGAUUUUAAAUAUAUAGCUAAUUUUACUGCAGUUUUAUCGGAACUUCAAAACGUGAAUCAAUGUCGUGGUCGACUUCAUACAAUUGAUGAUCAAGUUGUACUUACAGUUGGGGAACAUAACCAUGAACCGUCUCAUUUAGCAGGUGAAGUAAUUGCAUCACGUACAAAAACCAAUGAUGCAGCUAAACAAACUGGUCAUUCAACGCAUGAUAUUGUGGCUGAUUGUGUAUCAAGAUUAUCUGAUCAUGCAGUUUCAACAUUACCAAAUUUACAGCACAUAAAACGCACUGUUCAACGAAUUCGUCAAAGACAUAAAAAUCUAUUAUCAUUACCAACAAAUCGUGAUUCGCUUCUUAUUGAUACACAACAUAUAAAAACAGCUCGUGGUCGAACAUUUUUACAAUUCGAUUCUGGUCUAAUUGAUCAACGAAUAUUAAUAUUUUCAACCAAGAAACAAUUAAAAAUGUUUAAAAAUGCGAAUUCUAUAUAUUUAGAUGGAAUAUUUAGUGUUGUUCCAGAAUUAUAUUUCCAGUUAUAUACAAGUCAUGCUACACUGAAAAAAAAAUCCGUAGAAUAA